CAGGUUUUCUGAUGAACGAGAAAAGUUCUGUCGCCCAGCGCGGUUGUCUGCAUCCUUCGCUUGCGCUGAUUUGGGAACGAUUGUUUCGCGCGGUUUCGCGCGGGCUGCUGCUGACCGCGAACGACGUCGGCAUGACAACGGAGCAAGUAAAUCUCUGAGCCCAACAAGUACGCUGAGAGCCGCGUCGUUCACUGCAAUGGAUGUGAAAGUCGUCAACGCCAAAGUGGUGGUACUUGGAUCUCAAGGUGUGGGAAAAACAAGCAUUAUCGCACGGUACUUGGAGAAGAAGUUUGUCGGAGCAACAUCGCCGACGAUAGGGGCAUCAUUCCAGACAGUAAAAGUGACUAUCGGCAAUGUCCGGGUCAGCAUGCAAAUAUGGGACACCGCAGGGCAGGAGAGGUUCAGAGCAAUGGUAAGCUUCAUUCUAGAAUGAAACACUAGUCUUCUU